AUGGGCUACGAUCCGUGCGCUAAUGGUCAGCCUUUAAAAGUGAGAGAGUUCCCGUUGCACCCGAUACGAGCAUCUGGUUUUUCACGUCACAUUAAAGGUGAGAAGGCCAGUGAGACAGACAAGCUUGAGGAUGCUGACAGUAUCACUCAUCUCUACGGGACAAGUUGCCUAAAACAACUUUGGAACCGUUGUAACUGGACUUUUAAGCAUCAUUGUCACAUCGUUUGUCCAGCUUUAUUCUCUCGUAUUGAUCAUAUUUUGUUCUUGUGGGACUGUGGACAGUGCGUCUCCGCCUUGACGCCAUGUGUGCGCUGCUGCCGGCGUGGCUGUGCCUGCUCCCCCCUGCCACUGCAGAUCCACUCCCGGGCUUUGACUCUGCAGACUCUGACUCACAGUCACAGGUUCGGUUUCCCCAGAGUCUCUAAAUACCCCAAAUUUUCUUACACAACCAUCACAUCUGCUGUGCCUGAUCUCUCCAUUGCUGUUGACAACCACGCUACUCAGCGAGACAGACAUAUCAUCCGGAGAGUCCUGCUGCACAAAGAGCCCCCACCGAGGUUGCCCGAACCAUUGUUUAACCAAAGUGACAGUAUGUUACAGGAAGCACCAGUCUGGCAACGUGUGUCUCGCAGUCGUCGUCAUGCCAACACUAGCAGGAGUGGGGGCCAUGGCCACCUGAUGAGGGUGGGGUGUGUCCUAGGCACCUGUCAGGUUCAAAACCUCAGCCACCGUCUCUACCAGCUGAUUGGACAGAGCGGGAGGGAAGACUCUUCCCCUAUUAACGCUCACAGUCCUCACAGCUAUGGCUAAGACCACACCUUAAUCCCAGCAAGUCACCUUUAUUGCCAAGGUUACCUAAGUCCUUUAUUGAAUCACUUUGAUGCAACAAAAUAUUUGAUGUCUCUGCUUUAAUACAACUUGAGUCUUAGUUUUGUAGUUUUGACUAUCACUCUCGCCAAGUAAAUUGUUGCAAUUUUGGACGGUGGCAACAUUGCUAGAAAGACAUCAGAUGAUUCGAGAAACACAGGCAGUCAGACAGAUGUUAAACAAGUUGGGAGAAUAUAGGUAAAUAGUAAACGUAUCACUCAAACUGUUCCAAAAUGUCUGUAGGAUAUUCUUAGUAGUCUUGCAGGCUUGUCACUUGCAAGCCAACCUACCUCCAAAAUAUAUUACAACUAGCUGGUGAAUGUAGCAGAGCAUUUAGCAGCUAAAGAGCCAGCUAUUUUCCUCAGCAGGUGGUAGAGACCAAAACCAGAGCUAAAAGAGAGCAGGUAUAAACCCUUCACACAGGUAUAGACCCCCCACAGUGCACAAAAUAACCACUAACCCAUAAUCAGUCUGCAUGUGUUUUAACAAACAGAGAACCAGAGAAGAACAUAUGCUAUGAGUGUGUUUCACCUGUGAACUGUAAAUCUAAGAUGUACUUAGAUUUUACCAAUAGAAAGUCAGAUUCUGAGCCUUACUUGUUUUAAUCUAAAAAUUGUUUUUUACCUAUCCCCUGUCCAAAUUAAACCUCAUGAUGAAUGCUAACUAUCAAAGUGUUAUUAUAGUUUUAUACAGUUAUCUGCUUUUAUCUAUGCAUCAGUUCACCAUGACUCCAGUUUCAGUAGUUGCUCUUGGACAGCAAAUGUUUAUAGGAAUGCAAGAAAGCACUUUAUUCCUCUUUAUAUUCAGUAAUACUUGAAUUGUAAGGAUGUGCUAUUUAACUUUACAGUAAAUUAAUGAGGCCAUUUUGUUGUAGCUAUAGAAAAUCUUCAUAUUUUAAGUUAAAAAUGUGGUGGCUUGUUGUGUUUCUAACCAUUACCUUGGGGUUUGGGGGUGGUUUUUAAGUUGGCCAGUCAGAUUUCAAAGCUUGACCAUGCCUCCUCCACCCCUAGACACAUCCCUCACUUAAACAAAAAUAACUUGGGCGCGUUCUAACGAUUCUAGGUCUGGUUUGUGAACAUAAAAUUAGUAUUUAACAUCUUUGUAAAUGGUUUUUGAUUUCCUUUUUUAUUUUAUUUUAUUAUUUUCUCAUGCUAUACUACAUCAUUCACAGGGCCAGACAAACAGGAACAAUGACGUAAAGCACUCACCUUAUGUACUUUUUUUUUUCUGUGUAAAUGUGUUUUUCCAGGAAAUGGCCUCUUUGGCUGUAAGCCAAAAAUAAAAUUCUCUCACACUAAAAAGCUAAUGCACGUAUUUUCUUAUGCGUUAAAAGAGAUGAGGAUGAAGAAUUUUCUCUGAUUCACACAUACCAAAGCUAUGUAAAAGGAACAACCCGGUAACCUGCUGAGACUGAUGUCAAAUAGGACAGGUAUCGAUAAAUCACUGUGAGCACUGGGUCGCCCGAGGUUUGUUUGAACACUGGUGAACAAGGUUAUUUGAUACUGAGAAAUCACUGGUCACUACACAGAAACUAAAACACAUCUAUAAAAGAAGGACUAAUUUUGUGUGUGCUUUUAUUUUCAUGUGGGUAGGUAUAAUAUUUGUACAGCUACAAGGAUA